AUGUGGAAACGUUACAAAGGCGUUGGAACAAAUAUUUGGAGGUAUGGGAUCAAUAUAUCUCCGAAAGAGAUUCUUUUAGAUCAACUACAGAGUGCAGUUCCUGGAAUUUCCAAUCCUGUUCCAACACAACAGAGUGCCAGGGUACGUUUACCUGAAGUAAAGAUUAACAGCUUUGAUGGAACGGUAGAAGAAUGGCAAACUUGGUGGGACAGUUUCCGUUCGUUAGUUCAUGAUCGUAUGGAUAUAGACAAGGUAUUGAAAAUGACACACCUUAAGUCCUGUUUGGAAGGUAAAGCAUUGUUAGUUGUCUCAGGAUUUCAGUUCACAGACCAAGACUAUGAUGAUGCUAUUGUAGCUUUGCAAGAUAGAUUUGCUAACCCAGAGAAAGUAAAACAAACAUUAGUGCUUCAGUUGUUCAAUAUGGUUAAGCCUAAGAAUACUGCUAAGGAAUUGGAGCAGUUUAAGCUGGAUUUUGAAAGAAUUAUGAAGACUCUUCUACACUAUGUUACUGAUAUACAGUCUUCCCAUUGGCUUAUUGCUGUUCUGUUACAGAGCAAGUUGCCCACAGAGGCAGAGAUGUUCAUUUUUCAGAAAUUUCAGACUGAAUAUUUUACAGUUGAUCAAAUCAGCACAGGUCUUGCUGACCGCCUUGAAUUUCUUGAUAGGAUGCCAAAUAGUGAUAAAUUUCCACAGGAUAGUGGCAAAUCUUAA